AUGUUGGCGGUAUUCUUUUUCGGUGUUGCAGCUGCAACUGCGUUAAUGUUCUUCAUCCUGCGUGCCUGCAUCGCGGACAAGACCCUCUCUGCGGGCCCACGCACCGUGCCCUACUCGAUACCUUUCAUCAAAAGCACCUUAUCAUUCGUGUUUGAUGGACCUAAAUUUUUCCGCCAGGCCUCCCGAUUCUGUCAGAACCGGUGGCCCCUCCGCGUGAACCUGGUAAACGAUGAGGUUUACCUCGUGCAAGGGCAGAAAAACAUCUUGUCCGUCUUCAGCAACCCAGGGCUCACCGUGACCAGAGCCUAUGGCCUUGUCCUCAAGCACUGCUUCGGAAUGGACCAGAAGGCCGUGGAUGUCUACGUUUCUGACACUUCGGGCUCGCGGCCACGACCCAUACCCGGGAGUAACAUACCACUCAAUCGCCGCGUAAGCUAUCACACCCACGAGAACCUUAUCCAAGGCCUCCUUGGAAGCGGACUUGGUCCGACCAUGGAGCGGUUGGAUGCAUCCCUAUAUGCAUCACUGGACAAGGCCGUUCCGAUAUCUCCCAGCUGGACUUAUAAGGAUGAUCUGACGCAGUUCUUUGAGGACCAUCUGGGAGCAGCUAUAUUGAACGCCCUAUACGGUCCGCUCUUAUUGGCAGAGAACCCGGACUUCAAUCGAAAGCUGUGGCAGUAUGAUAAGCAUAUUAUGGCUCUGGCCAAACGCUUGCCGGCCUGGCUGAUCCCGGGCGCCUAUCGGCUGCGGGAUGAACUGCUUCGUGCAAUCAUGAAGUGGCACCAAAGGGCCACUGAGCUUUCAACCGCAACGCCAGACAGGCCCAAAGCCAGCCAGGGUGAGGCUGACCCUCACUGGGGCUCGGCCAUGAUGCGCGAACGAAAUCGGAUGCUGUUGAGGAUCGACGGGCAAGACCUUCAGUCGGUGGCUUCCACCGAUCUGGGCUUUAUCUGGGCCUCCAUCACAAAUGUCGUCCCAUCCACUAUGACUCUUUGCACCCACAUGUACAGUGACAGUUCCCUUGUGGAGGAACUUCGUUCCGUUCUGCGUCAUUGCCUCCAGCCAGGAACUGAAUCAUUGCAGCUUGACAUGGAAAAGAUUGGCAAGCAACCGCUGUUACUCUCCAUGUAUGCGGAAACCCUACGAUUUGGGGUUCAAAUUCAUAUCCCCCGGUGCUCGCCUCAUCAACCCUUAGCAUUGGGGGGUGAGACCAUCCAGUCUAACAAACUGGUUCUCAUCAACACAGCGCUGGCGCACACUGACGAGGAGGUCUGGAACACCAAAGACGGACAGUAUCCGCUGGAUACGUUUUGGGCACGGCGAUUUCUCAUCGAUCCGGCUGACCCAGGUAGCGGACCCCUGAAACCUUCCUCUUCUUCAUCGUCUUUUGCCAAGGAUCGACAACCAACCGAUUCAAAGACAUCCCGGGAGGAUUUCACCGUACAAGGACUGGAAGGAGGACAGCAUGCGUGUCCAGGCCGGCUGCUAGCCAAGCGGAUUAUGUUGCUCACCAGUGCCAUGAUGGUCACUAUGUUUGAUGUGGAGCUUCUGACUCCAGCGUCAACCCUGCGCUUCCAGUCCGGUCGAUUUGGAUUCGGGGUCCGGAAGCCAGUGGCACCGGUGCCCUUUCGCAUCCGCCGUCGUUAUUGA